AUGGCCCAAGCAGUCCGAGGUACAGCAGAUCUCUCGAAGAUCGAGGCUCCUAUUAACAAGAAGGCCUACCUCAUCUGUGUCUCUGCUGCCUUUGGUGGCAUCUUCUUCGGAUAUGAUAUUGGGUGGAUGUCUGGGGUAUUGGGCAUGCCAUACUUUAUCCAACAAUAUACGGGUAUGGCAUACGACUGGAAAACUGGAACACCAAUCGACGCGACAGAUUUCGUCAUUCCAUCUUCGCAGAAAUCCUUAAUUACAUGCAUCCUAUCACUUGGAACUUUCCUUGGUGCCUUGAUCGCUGGCGACCUAGCUGAUGCCAUUGGUCGCCGUCUGACUAUCAUUAUUGGGUGCGCAAUUUUCACUGUUGGCGUUGUCCUUCAGAUUGCAAGCACCAACCAGCUGGCCCUUAUAUGUAUGGGACGACUUGUUGCAGGAUUUGGUGUCGGCUUCGAGUCAGCCGUUGUCAUUAUGUAUAUGUCCGAGGUAUCACCACGGAAGAUUCGUGGUGCUGUUGUGUCAGCAUACCAGUUUUGCGUAAUUCCCAUUGGCAUUCAGUUCGCCUGGGCCCUCAUUCUCGCCUCAAUUCUUAUAUAUCUUCCUGAGUCACCCCGGUACUUUGUCAAAAAAGGUCAAAUAGAAAAAGCCUUGAAGUCUCUAUGCUUCAUUCGAGGGCAGACUGAAGACUCUGAGUAUGUUCAGGAUGAACUCGCUGAGAUCGUCGCAAAUCUUGAGUACGAGUCGCAAGUUAUUCCCUAUACUGGCUACGUCAACUCUUGGCUAGUCUGUUUUAAGGGUCCAAUAACAAAGGCUAGUUCAAAUGUCCGUCGAAUUAUUGUUGGCGCUGGCAUACAGGCCAUGCAGCAGCUUACCGGGAUGAACUUCAUCUUCUAUUUUGGGACCACAUUCUUUCAACAACUUGGUACAAUACAGAAUCCUUUCUUGAUAUCCCUCAUAACCACGCUUGUCAAUGUCUGCGCGACCCCUCUAUCUUUCUGGACCAUCGAGAAGUUUGGUCGCCGGCCCCUACUUAUUUACGGAGGCAUCGCCAUGUUCCUGAUGCAGUUUAUUAUUGGGGCCAUAGGAACUGCAGAACCCGAUAAUCCUGCAGCUGUAAAAGCGAUGAUAGCAGUGAUAUGUUUCCAGAUCUUUUGUUUUGCCACAACCUGGGGACCGACGGCAUGGGUAGUGGUUGGGGAGGUCUUUGCCCUUCCCAUCCGAUCUCGGGGUAUCGCGAUUUCUACCGCGUCUUGUUGGUUCUGGAAUUGCGUGCUUGCCGUAAUCGCACCCUAUAUGACUGGUACAGUAUUUGCCUACUUCCUUGUGCCGGAGAUGAAAGGCCAUUCCCUGGAGCAAGUCGAUCAAAUGCUCGAGGACGUUGGUCCCCGUAAGAGUGCGGGUUGGGCACCACAGUCCACUUUUGCAGCUGAAAUGGGUCACGUCUCAAAGCCUGGAAGCACCCACAUCGAGACUGCGGAAAGGAUAGCUUAG